GUUGUGAGGCAGUGGGGAGGAAGCGUCUCCUGGGCUAGCUCGGAUUAAGAGUCUCAAUGAGGAAAGUUUUACUGUUCUUAGAAGUGGAGUACCCUAUAAUCUGCAAGUACAAUAAAAAUGGGGCCUAGACGGAAAAAUGUGAAAGUGUAUUCCACAAACCGGGAAAGCCCUGUAUGCAUUAAAGCUGCUGAGCUGAAAGACUACAUGAACCAGCUUUCACAUGAAGUGCUUUGCCAUAUCUUUAGGUAUCUUCCCCUCCAGGAUAUCAUGUGCAUGGAAUGCCUCUCCCGGAAGUUAAAGGAAGCUGUCAUCUUGUACCUAAGAGUAGUUAAAGUUGUGGAUCUCUGCGCAGGUCGCUGGUGGGAGUACAUGCCCACUGGAUUCACAGAUUCCAGCUUCCUAACCUUGCUGAAGAAAAUGCCAGACAUUGAGCAGCUGUAUGGCCUUCAUCCCAGGCACCUUGACAGACGUAGGGUUCGGGGUUAUGAAGCCUUCAGCAUUCCUGGGGUGCUAGAAGCUUUGCAGGCUUGCCCAAAUCUCUUGGGUGUUGAGACUUCCCAUUUGGAACUAGUAGAAGCCAUUUGGACAUACAUGCCCCAAGUUCACAUCCUAGGGAAGUUUCGUAAUCGUAAUGGUGCCUUCCCAAUUCCACCUGAAAAUAAAUUGAAAAUACCAAUAGGAGCUAAAAUUCAAACUUUGCACUUAGUAGGAGUUAAUGUCCCUGACAUUCCUUGUAUUCCAAUGCUGAGGCAUCUGUACCUGAAGUGGGUGAGACUCACCAAACCACAACCUUUUAAGGAUUUCCUUUGCAUCAGCUUACGCACUUUUGUCAUGAGAAAUUGUGCAGGACCCACAAACUCAUUGAAGUAUGUUCCCCUGGUCACUGGCUUAGCUUCUGCUCGAAACUUAGAACAUCUAGAAUUGGUUCGAGUUCCUUUUCUUGGAGGUCUCAUUCAGCAUGUUGUAGAAGACAGCUGGAGAUCUGGGGGCUUCAGAAAUUUGCACACUAUAGUUCUAGGAGCUUGUAAGAAUGCUUUGGAAGUUGAUCUUGGCUACCUCAUCAUAACUGCUGCACGAAGAUUGCAUGAAGUACGAAUUCAGCCUUCCUUAACCAAAGAUGGAGUAUUCUCUGCACUAAAAAUGGCAGAAUUGGAAUUUCCCCAGUUUGAAACACUACAUCUUGGAUAUGUUGAUGAGUUUUUGUUACAGUGUAAAAUGAUCAAUGCAGAUCUGGUGAAGUAUGGAUUAGCCGAUGUGGUUGAAAAUCCAGGCAUUAUCACAGACAUAGGAAUGAAAGCAGUAAACGAAGUCUUCUCUUCAAUUAAAUAUCUUGUCAUAUACAAUUGCCCUCAUUUACAUAAUCCAAGUAGCUGGAUCACAGAUCAUUCAAGAUGGACUCGGCUUUUUGAUCUCACCCUGGUGAGAUGCCAUGCAAUAAAACUAGACUCUUUUAGCCAGUUUAUUGAAUUACUACCAAGCCUGGAGUUUAUCUCUCUGGACCAGAUGUUUCGGGAACCACCCAAGGGUUGUGCUCGUGUAGGUCUGAGUGCAGGUACAGGAAUCGGAGUUUCCUCUGCUUUGGUGAGCAACCAGAAUUCCAACAAUGAAAAUGACAACAAUAAUAACCACCAGAACAAUAAUGCCAAUAUUUACCAUAAUAACCACCAACAACCGAAUGAUCAAAAUGAAGAGAAUGAAUUGCGACAGGAGGAGCAGAUGGAGGAACAGCAGAAUGCAGCAGAUGGUCUGAGUGCAGGUACAGGAAUCGGAGUUUCCUCUGCUUUGGUGAGCAACCAGAAUUCCAACAAUGAAAAUGACAACAAUAAUAACCACCAGAACAAUAAUGCCAAUAUUCACCAUAAUAACCACCAACAACCGAAUGAUCAAAAUGAAGAGAAUGAAUUGCGACAGGAGGAGCAGAUGGAGGAACAGCAGAAUGCAGCAGAUGGAAUCUUUAGUAUUAGAAGAUGGUUAGAGCAGCACUCUAGUUAUUACCAGGUUGAUAAUAGGUAUGGAUUUAGUUACAACAACAACAAGUUCAAUGUUGAAACAUUUGAAAGGCCAGACUGGGGACACAUUAUCCUGGAAGAGGUGAGUCAUGACUUAAGGAACAAGAAUAAUCGAUUAUUGAUGUUUUCGUCUUUUUCAGGACCUAGUGGUCUUCAGCCUAGUGUAAAGCUAGCACCUAUUACAGUACAUGAUUCAGACAGUGAAGAUGAAGAUGAAAACAUGGCAAGCUCAAGAUCCUGUAUCACAAACAGCAUUGCACAAAGUUACUCAGAUGGAGAGGAAAGAGUUAGAGAUCCAGUGGAAAUCCAGGAACCCUUAGCAGUGAGUGGUAAAGGCAAAGCUCCACUGCGGAAAAGAUGCAGUGCCAGUCGGGUGAAGCUUUUUCUUUCUGAGGAGAGCAGCUGUGAAAAGGGCUGUCAAGUCACCAGUGAGCAGAUUAAAGCAGAUAUGAAAGCAGCCAGUGAUGUGACCACAGAAAAAAAUAAAAACAAAGAUUGUAACCCAAGCUGUGGUGGGGACACUGGACCUCCAGGAAGCUCGUCCGCUGCUGCUUCUCAAAGCCCGGAAGAUGUCAGGAAAGCAGAUAGCUCUAAUGAGUCCCUUUCUGUAGCUGCAGAGGAUUCUGGGAAGUGUCUCUGUAGGAAUGAAGAUUCCAGUGAGCGGGAUGAUGAAGAUAAUUCUUUAUGCUCCAGGUGUUCCUGCUAUGUGCCGCAGAGCCAGCAAAAGAGAACUAAUGGAGCUUCUGAUGAUGAAUCUCCAUCUACCAGUGGAGCCUGUGGUACAAAUGGGCCAUCGGUGGGAGGAGCAGAACUUUCUCUGAGAACAUUAGCAAACAAUGAUUCCUCAGGGGAAGCCAGCAAUGAGAGGACUAAUGAGGGUGUCGGUGAGAUUGCUAAUGAGGAGGGCAGUACUUUACAGCAAGCAAGGUUUGAAAUGGAACAUAAUGAAGAUUAUCCUCGUAGGCCUUUAACAAGAGCCAGAAGUAGGCUUUCCCAUGUGCCUUUGGUGUCUCAGCCCGAAGCAGCUAAACCAAAAUCUCGACAUUCAGUGAAGAGAAAACGGACAGCUGACAAGUCCACAAGCACCAGUGAUCCUGUGAUUGAGGAUGACCACAUCCAGGUUUUGAUACUAAAAUCAAAAAACCUUGUUGGAAUCACAUUGACUAACUGUGGCAUAACAGACCUGGUGCUGAAAGACUGCCCUAAAAUGAUGUUCAUUCAUGCCACCAGGUGUCGUGUUCUUAAGCACUUAAAAGUAGAGAAUGCACCCAUUGUCAAUCGAUUUGAUUAUGCUCAAUGCAAGAAAUUAAAUAUGGAUCAGGUCCUUGAUCAGAUACUUCGAAUGCCUCCAGAGAGAAACCGGAUUAUUUACCUUCGUCCAAUGCAACAGGUUGACACACUAACUCUUGAGCAAAAAAUAUUUAGUGGUCCUUACCCAUAUCAUAUCUGUGUCAUUCACGAAUUCAGUAACCCUCCAAAUGUUCGCAAUAAAGUCCGGAUUCGUAGCUGGAUGGACACAAUAGCAAAUAUCAAUCAAGAGCUUAUUAAAUAUGAAUUCUUUCCUGAAGCCACACGAACAGAAGACGAUCUAAAAAAAUAUACAAGAUAUCCAUGGGGGAGAGACAUUUACACUCUAGAAGGUAUUGUGGAUGGAGCUCCCUAUUCAAUGAUAACUGAUUUUCCAUGGUUGAGGUCCCUGAGGACAGCUGAUCCUAAUGGCUAUGCAAGAUAUGAUUUUGAAGAUGAUGAAAAGACUACUAUUUAUGCUCCCCGGAGAAAAGGACAACUGUCGGCAGAUAUCUGCAUGGAAACAAUAGGUGAAGAGAUCUCUGAACUCCGUCAGAUGAAGAAAGGGGUAUUUCAGAGGGUGGUUGCUAUCUUCAUCCAUUACUGUGAUGUUAAUGGGGAGCCAGUAGAAGACGAUUACAUCUGAAUGCAUCCAGCUGCAAGCUCUCUCAGGCCUUCCUGUGUUUUGACUGGCAUUGCCAGCACAGAAACCAGAUGGAUUUCACCCACUGCUGUAGUGCACUGAGAAGUCUUCGCAUUUGUGUGCUUCACAAUUAUCACCCCCAACAUCUAUUGGAAGACUGUGUAGCAAAUGUAUCGGAAGUUGCAGUGAAUGCUGAGGACCCUACAUAAAAAUCCUCAUGAAGUUGACUUUAUUUCAUAUGUUUAUAUUACGAGAUUUAAUUAACAUUUUAUUUUAAUGAAGGCAAUUAAUUACGGCAAGGCAAAAAAAAUUGAAUUUCUUAGCUCAUAUAAUUCAUAGCAGUAUUUUUGUUGGUUUGCCAGAAGCAAAAACCCUACAUAUGUUGUGUUCAGAAGCCACAGGAGUCUUUUAAUCUGUGCCUUCCCCCCCCCUCCCCCUUACACAUCUAAGAGUCCAUUCUGAGUAAAUCUAUUGAACAGCCUUUGAGUCUUGUGCGGUUUUUCAAGGGGAAGUGAAAUUGGAAGACCUAAACCAGUGACAAAUGGCAGAAGAGGAAAGAGCAGCCAUGCAAGCAAUUAUCCCAGAAAACAAAUUAAAACCAGUCUGAGUGUUCAAAUGAAAGCACUAGUGGACUAGACGGUUCAAGGUAAAUAAAAAGCAAUAAACUAAUAAAUGAAUUUCCUCUGUUGCAGUUUUCUUCUUCAGUACAUAUAACUUUUAGGAAAGAUGCAAGUACAUUCUAUUUUUUUAAACUAGUCCACUAGUUUUCUAUGUGUGGCUGCUCAAUGUUACUUUUGCCUGAGUUCUGUAAUGCUACUUUUUACAUCUGUUUGAUUGGAUUUACCCAAAACACAUUUCAUGAGUCCACUUGGAACGAUAAUUCUGCAUAGCUUUUUCAACAUCUUCUGACGGGGACUGAAAAGUCUCAAAAAAUACUAUCUGUGUAAUAGCUUGUAUGCUUAUAACUGGUAUCAUAGAAGUGAGCUAAACCAAAUAAUAUUGCCAAUAGUUAUUGUCCUGUCAGAAUACUUAAUUCAUCUGAAGUGUAUAGUAAUUUACUAUAUAAUAAGUAGAUUAACAUUUUGUUCCUAUUAUGUUAAUGAUGUGACAUUUAUUUCUAUUAUAAGAACAGUCAAAAAAGAAGAAUUGCAUUUCAGUUCCAUUGUUUAUUUGCUGUGUUGUGAACAGGGUGUUGUGAACCCUGAAAAUGACAACAUAUUCCUUUCUUCUCUGGAUGGCCUUGAGAUAGCUAAAUUAGUUGCAUAAUUAGGCAUUUCAAAAACAAGAUUACCAAUUCUCUCAAGUAAUAUAUUGACACUAAACGUGACAUAAUCAAGGUUCAAAUAAAGUACCAUUGCUUAAUAGCAGUUAGAUAUGAAUAGGUUUCCUGCUCAGCAAGUGGAAAUGUAUGGUGAUUGGUGUCCAAUCGUGUUUUUCUAUUAUGUAUGUCUCUAGAGAACUUAUCUCUCUGCUUUUUCAUGCUGGUCUGAAGCAAUAAUUAUACUUUUUGCAUUCAUUAGUGACACUGAGAAGAGGGGUGUGUGAAAGGCAAGAAUAAAAAGCAUAAUCAAGGAUUUAUGUUCUAUAUUAGUACAGAACUAAGCCCCAUGAUAAAGUUGGCUUCAUUUUAUUUGUAUUUUUUUAACUGUAUAAACAAUAGUAAUUUGUAUGUAUAUUUAUCUGUGGUUGAGUUGUGUUUGAUGUGAGUGUCAGUGUUUGCACAAGAGCAUAUACGUAUACUGAUGUUAUCUGAAUCCCUUCUAUUUUGCUU